UGAUUAAAGGCGCCAAGAAGUUGUUUAAUGAAAAAAGGAGAAAAAAAGAAGGCGUUGAGAGGUCAGGAAUCCGAGUGGGCGGAGUCCAUUUUUUUGGUCCACCCCCACGUUCAGCCAGACCUGGAAUUGCGCUCGGCGGACACGCGUCCUAGACGGAAGGGAGUUCCAGUCCAAUUUUACAAGCACAACACCGCACGCCCAUGGACCGCUGCUUAUGCAGCGAAAUGCAUCCCUUCUGCGUUUCCGUGUCUUCGCCGGGGAGCCAAGAGGAAGGCGCAGCGAAUGGGCAACGUACAAGGUUUUCGUCGCGGUCUCCCGGUGUUCCGCAUCCGCGGGAUAGUCAGCCUCGGUGAAGUUUCAUCACAGCACCGGUCGCCUCCCCCCAAACCGCCUAUUUCACCAAGUGGUCAUUCCAUAAACCGAUCUUUGUGUGUGUGUGUGUGUGUGUUUUACACUAAAUAUUUUUCAUGUGAAAAGGAUCUCAUCCACUUUUUGUCAUGGACUUUGAAUGAAGCAGGACUGCGUUUGCGCUGGAAAACAAAGUGAUGAAAAAACUCAAUGAGUGGGUUUCGGUACUGCGCAGCCUCUCGGACGCAUCUGGAAAAGAUAACAGAGGCACACACACUCCCCUCUAGAGGACCUAAGGAGCAGUCAUAACUCACCCCCCUGUCGUGUGGCGCGCAACUUGCGUUUCAAUGUGAGCCUGUUUGCAAGGUGAGCGUCCCACACCCAACAGCCCGGCAGUCAUCGAACUUCCACGGAUAGCGAUGCGGUGAGGAUGUGCGCAGCCAGGUCGGAUGGACGCCUCAACGGCAGCGCCGAGGAGGCGACGGGGCCGCCUCCCGCAGCCUCCAGGGUGAUGAUGGACUGGGCAGAGGCCGGUCCGCGCAUCCUCCACAGUCUGCAGAUGGGCACCGUCAUGACCAUUUUCUACCAGAAGAAAUCCCAACGUCCAGAAAGGAGGACUGUACAGAUCAAGCAGGACACCAGACAAAUCGUGUGGCGUCGCAGCUCGGACAAAAUCGAAGGAGAGGUGGACAUCCGAGAGAUCCGGGAGCUGCGUUUGGGAAAAGCCUCCCGAGAUUUUGAGCGCUACCCGGAGGAGGCUCGUAAAGUGGACUCUGCCCUCUGCUUCAUCGUGCUUUACGGUCUGGAGUUUCGCCUCAGGACUCUCAGUCUUGCAGCCUUCAGUGAGGAGGAAGUCCACAUGUGGAUCACUGGUCUCAACUGGCUGAUGAGUGACACUCAGAGAGCAGCCGCCCCGCUACAAACAGACAGAUGGCUGAGGAAACAGUUUGAAGUCAUGGACAGGGACCACGAGGGAAGUGUCACAGUGAAGGAUGUGAAAGCUUUGCUGCCUCAGGUCAACUACCGAGUCCCUAACUUGCGCUUCCUGAAAGACAAACUACAGGAGGUUGAUGCCCGCGGUGAAUUGGCGUACCCCAACUUUGCACAACUUUAUCAAACACUGAUGUUUGAUACACAGAGGAGUAUUAUCGAACAACUGGAACUCUCCUUCCCUUUGCGGAAUGUUGACAGACCAGAACUGUGCCAGAUUUCCCUUUAUGACUUCCAGAAAUUUUUACAAAUGGAUCAAAAGGUGUCAUGGGCAUCAGAUUUGAAUCGGGUCAGAGAGUUCCUCGCGGGCUACGUAAGAGGCGGACCCCAGUCUGAGCCCGCCUUGCAACUCGACGAGUUCCUGACCUUCUUGUUCUCUAAAGAGAAUUCAGUGUGUGACCCUCAGCUCUCACCCCUUAUUCCCGAAGACAUGAAGAGGCCGCUAGCACAAUACUGGAUCUCUUCCUCACACAACACCUACCUGACAGGUGACCAGUUUUCCAGCGAAUCAUCCCUCGAAGCCUAUGCUCGCUGUCUGAGGAUGGGCUGCCGCUGCAUCGAACUGGACUGCUGGGAUGGACCCGAUGACCUGCCCAUCAUCUACCACGGUCACACUUUAACCUCGAAGAUCAAAUUCCUCGACGUGCUUCACACCAUUAAAGAACACGCCUUUGUCACAUCCGAGUAUCCCGUCAUCUUGUCUAUCGAAGACCACUGCAGCGUGGUCCAACAAAGGAACAUGGCCACACACUUUAAGAAGGUAUUUGGGGAGAUGCUGCUCACCAAGCCCGUUGACAACAAUGCCGAGGACCUCCCUUCACCCUGGCAGCUUCGCAGGAAGAUCCUGAUCAAGCACAAGAAACUGGUGGAGGGAACCUUGUACGAGGAGGUGACAACGGGCAGCUCCUCGGAAAAUGACCUCAGCAACUCGUUGAAGAACGGCAUCCUCUACCUCCAAGACCCCGUUGACCACACUUGGACGCCGCAUUAUUUUGUCCUGACCAGUCAUAAGAUUUACUAUUCGGAGGAGACGUCCCGCAACCAGACGGCUGACGAAGAAGAAGAUUUCGAUGACGCCAACGAGGUGAGCUGUCAACCAGACAAGCGUGACGGAAAGCCGGCGAUCUUGUUCUCUUUUGUCACGCUGUCGCCUCAGGAAUGUCGGGGCGACAACCGCGAGCUGCACAGCGCGGAGCGCUGGCUUCACGCUAAGCUGGGCGGAGGUUGCGACGGCCGUCAGCUGGCGGAAAAACUCCUGCAGGACUAUUGCGAGGGCGGAGCGCAAGAUGGCACCUUCCUGGUGCGCGAGAGUGAGACCUUUGUUGGAGACUACACCUUGUCCUUCUGGCGCUCGGGACGCGUCCAGCACUGCAGGAUCCAUUUACGUCAAGAAUCUGGCGCCACUCGUUUCUACCUGACUGACCACCCGGUGUUUGACAGCCUUCACCAGCUCAUCUGCCACUACAGAGAGACGCCGCUGCGCUGCAACGAGUUUGAAAUGAGGCUUGGCAACCCGCUACCUCAACCUAACGCGCACGAGAGGAGAGAAUGGUAUCACUCAAGUCUGUCCCGAGUUCAGGCCGAGCACAUGCUGAUGCGAGUGCCUCGAGACGGAGCCUUCCUGGUGCGGAAACGCAGCGAGCAGAACUCUUACGCCAUCUCCUUCAGGGCCGAGGGUAAGAUCAAACACUGUCGUAUCCAGCAGGAAGGUCGCCUCUUCAUGCUGGGCAGCUCAGCAGAGUUUGAGAGUCUGGUGGAUCUGGUGAGCUACUAUGAGAAGCACCCCCUGUACCGCAAGAUGAAGCUGCGUUAUCCCAUCAAUGAGGACGCUUUGGAUCGGAUGGGUACCACGGAACUUGAUUACGGGGCGUUGUAUGAAGCUCGCGCUCCUCAUUUUUACGUGGAGGCAAACAAGAUGCCCACCGCUCGGUGCACGGUCAAGGCGCUGUAUGACUACCGAGCCCAGAGGGAAGACGAGUUGGGGUUCCCCAAACAGGCGCUCCUCUUAAACGUGGAGAAGCAGGAGGGAGGCUGGUGGCGAGGUGACUAUGGAGGGAAGAAGCAGCUGUGGUUCCCCGCAAACUAUGUGGAGGAAGUACCCAGCUCUCCGACGAGAGAGAUGGUCGAAGCAUCAGCAGAGAACAGUCCCCUGGGUGCAUUUCUGAAGGGCUUCAUUGAUGUCCAGACGUGUAAUGUUGUGGUGCACAAAGAUGGCAAACAUUCGCGGCCUUUCGUCUUCACCAUCCAUUCCCGCCACUUGGCCUCUCGGCCGCUCCAGAUGCUGGACGUGGCCUCCGACGGCCCGGAGGAGCUGAGCAGCUGGGUCAGCAAGAUCCGGGAGGCGACGCACAACGCAGACGCGCGGGAGGAGAAGCAGAUGGAGAGAAGGAAGAAGAUUGCGGUGGAGCUGUCAGACCUGGUCGUUUACUGCCGCCCCGUUCCCUUCGACGAGGACAAGAUCGGGACAGAGCGAGCCUGCCACCGGGACAUGUCGUCCUUCCCGGAGACGAAGGCGGAGAAGUUGGCCACGCGGGGCCGAGGGAAGCGCUUCCUCCAGUACAACCGGCGUCAGCUUUCCAGAGUUUAUCCCCGCGGCCAGAGGCUGGACUCGUCCAACUACGACCCCCUCCCGAUAUGGCUGUGUGGCUCCCAGCUGGUUGCGCUCAAUUUCCAGACUCCAGAUAAACCGAUGCAACUGAACCAGGCGUUGUUCACGCUCGGGGGCGGGAGCGGCUUCAUUCCCCAACCGGACAUCAUGAGGGACGAAACCUUUGACCCUUUUGACAAAGACACGUUGCGGGUGGAGCCCAUCACCAUCCAGCUGGAGUUGCUCGGCGCUCGCCACCUCCCGAAGAACGGUCGAAGCAUCGUCUGCCCCUUUGUGGAGAUGGAGAUCUGCGGCGCGGAUUACGACAGCUGCAAGUUUAAGACCGACGUCGUAGCCGAUAACGGUCUCAAUCCCGUGUGGACGCCCAAGCCGUUUGUGUUCGACAUCCACAACCCGGCCUACGCGCUUCUGCGCUUCACCGUCUACGACGAAGACAUGUUCAGCGACCCCAACUUCUUGGCUCAGGCAACGUACCCUGUCCGUCUGCUACGUACAGGUUACAGAAGCGUCAUUCUCAAGAACGGCUACAGCGAGGAGCUGGAGUUGGCCUCGCUUCUUGUUCAUAUCGAGAUCAUGAAUGCAAAGGAAGACGGCAACGAGAAUCUUUACACAUCCAUCCAGCGACUCCGUGAUCGAACCAGUGAACUAUCGAACAAAAUUUCCUUGCUGGAGAGUUUGGGCUCCAGGGACUUCACGUACCAGCAGAGUGUAGAAGAGCUCCGAGUGGCUCAGGAUCAGCUGAGCGAGCUGGUCGAGGCCCGCAACCGCAGACUAAUGGAGAAGAAGAGGCGGGAAAGGCUGCGACUGCAGGUAGCGGCCAAGCGCACGUAGUUCUCUUCUUGUCCAGCAGAGGGCGUCAAAGAGCAACAGACUCGACUCGACUCGUCACAGGACGUCAGAGUACGGACACUUACGUCAUGCGUUCUUUUAACUGGAAACUGAUUCUUUUUUUGGGGUGGGGGCAUGUUAUCGAUAAAGUAAUCAUUGAAAAAAAAACAAUUAUGGGGCACUUGGUUAAGCUCUAAAUGUCUGUUUGACAUUCAAUUUCAUCUUGUUUAAAUUUAAAAUUGACAGAUUCCCCCCCCCCCACACACACACAUACAUACACACACACUUGAGGCUUUUUGAUUACAUUUUAAUCUUAUUUUAUCAUUGCAGAAAAGGCUACAAACUCCCAGUAUGUUAACCUUUGCUGUGAUUACUACUGGUAAUUUGCAUACAAAUACAAAAAAUAAAAAUAAAAAACACUCAGGACCGAUGCAGGACCAGUCCCGUUACACUCAGAUUACAGUUCCUGUAAAAGUUCUUCUCUUGGAAUAGAAAAGGAGGUAACAAAGCAAUUAUUAGAGAAUGUUGUAAAGUAAAAAAAACAAAAAAAAGAAAGAAAGAAAGACUGUUCACUGAUGUGAAGUAUUGUCUGGAAAAAAAAAUGACAGAAGCCAAUCCAAGUGGGCUCUUCCUGUUUUCAGUCAGCAGGUAGAAGAAAACUCAGGUUCCCCAAAAAUGUGGCUGCAUGUUGGGGCAGGCAAACAUCCCGUCUGUGCCUUUUUACUGUUUAGCAUUGAAAGUAGUCACUUGAAAAUUGAAAACAAGCAAUGCAAGAGUUUGUUUGGACUGUCAAUAAAUGAGUCUCUCAUGCCGCA